UAGCCCUGUACAGUGACACGCUGACACGGCACCUUUGCAGCGAGUGAUCAUGGCUGCUCGUCUCCCUCUGCUCUGGGCUCGUGGCCGCCGCGUCCUCCUUCUCGCCGUCGUGCUCUCCCAGCUCGGCGCGCUCUCGUGCCAGACCCUCCGCGGCUCCGUCACCUGCCUCGGCUGCCCCGCGGGCCACCACCUCUCCGGUGUGGUCAUGGGGGUGGAAUGCAGCGGCGUCGACGGCGGCGGCGCGGGCCCGCACGUCGUGGCGCGGACGGACGGCGGCGGCAACUUCAGUGUGGCCGUGCCGGAGUCGGUGCCGGCCUCGCGGUGCGCAGCGAGGGUCCUCGGCGGCACGGAGCAGCUCUGCGCGCCGCAGAGGCUCACCGUCGCGCGUGUCGUCGCUGCCGGGCGGCCUGGCUCGUACGCGCUGGGAUCCCGCCUCGCUGUCUUCACAAGGUGUGAAGGAGUCGUCGCGACGAUGUCCGCCGGUGGUGGCAGCGGCCAGAGGUCACCCCUGACCCCGAGGCUUGCACCGCAGUUGCCCUCGCCCAGCGUGCCGCCGCUCGUUGGACGCAGCAGCCCACCCUACGGCCUGGGCAUCCCUCUCAUCUACGUCUUUCCUUUCAUCCCAAUCAUUGGCAUCCCCUAAAAUGAACGUAGCCGCCUUCUCCUUGCGGUACUCGCCUGAGUAUUUUGUUAUUUUCUUUCAGCCAAGUUUGCAGUAAUCCCUAGCCAUCCAUGUCAGUGAGGUCACCUUAUGUAUGAACAACGACCAAUAAUGUGACUGUGAGUCAGCAUG